AUGACUACUUAUGAAAAGAUUGUUAAGGGAGCUACUAAAAUAAAAGUGGCAGCUCCCAAGCCUAAAUACAUAGAGCCUAUCUUAAUGGCAACAUCAACUGAUUUAGCCUUAGAAACUGAAAAUCUUAGUACUAUUAUGAGAACUUUACAACAUAGACUUCAAGAUAGUGCAUGGUCAGUAGUUUAUAAACUGUUAAUUGUUAUUCAUAUUAUGAUAAGAGAAGGUGAUAAAGAUGUUGCUUUGAAUUUUUUAGUCAAUAAAUAUCCUCAAAUGCUUAAUUUAUCAACUUCAAAUAUAGCUAAAAAUAGUGGACUUAAUAAUGAUGUUCGAUUUAUUGUUAAAUAUGGUAAAUAUUUACAAACAAGAGUUAAACAAUUUGAAUCGACUGGAAUUGAUUAUGUAAGAGAUGAAAGAUCCAAUAAUAGUUCUAAUCAACAAGGUGGAAGAUUAAGAUCAUUACUGAUUGAUAAAGGUUUAUUAAGAGAAACUGAAUCAGUUCAAAAACAAAUUGAUGCAUUAUUAAAGAAUAAUUUUAUGGAAAAUGAAGUUAAUAAUGAUGUUAUAUUAACUGCAUUCAGAUUAUUAGUUAAUGAUUUAUUAGCAUUAUUUCAAGAAUUAAAUGAGGGAGUCAUUAAUAUUUUAGAACAUUACUUUGAAAUGUCAAAAGUUGAUGCUGAAAGGGCGCUUAAAAUUUAUAAAAAGUUUGUUGAUCAAACCAAAUAUGUAAUUGAUUAUUUGAGAGUAGCGAAACAUCUUGAAUAUGCUACAAAAUUACAUGUUCCAACCAUUAAGCAUGCACCAACAGCAUUGACUUCAUCAUUAGAAGAAUACUUAGAUGAUCCUAAUUAUGAGGCUAACAGAAGACAAUAUUUGAAUGAAAAGUCUAAUAAAGAUUCUAAUGGAAAGACUAAUCAAACAGGUAGUGCUCUGUCUCAACAGCAACAGCAACAGCAACAGCAACAACAACAGCAACAACAGCAGCCUGUGCCAAUCAAUGUUGCCGUUCCUGAUCAAACAAAUGGUGUCUUGCAAAGAAAUAAUUCAUUAAUUGUUAGACAGUCAACAUAUAAUCCAUGGGGUACUAUUGCAGUUCCUGCAAGUUUUGCACAAGUAGCUGCUGUCAAUGGUAUUCAAACCAUACCUCAGCAACAGCAACAACAGGUUCAACCACAACAAGGAGUUGUAUUAUCUCACACAGGAGGGUUCUCAGUCUUGCCAACUAUCGCUCAAGGACAACCCCUUCAACAGCAACAACCACAACCACAACAACAAAUUAAUGCUGCUUUUACAGGAGCUGGUUUUGGUGGAUAUGGUGCACAACUUCAACCUCAACAUACCAAUACCAAUCCAUUCUUAACUCAACAACAACCUCAACCGCAACCGCAACCUCAACCUCAACCUGUUCAACAGCAGCAGACUCAACAAUCUUUGAAUACUGUUACUCCAUAUCAACCAUUUCAACAACAAUUCCAGGCUCCACAACAGCAACAGCCUCAACAAUUCCAACCUCAAUUUACAUCGUUACAAAGAUCAAAUACUAAUCCUUUUGCAAGAUUAACUGCAACUGCAACUGGUCAGCCAUUACAAGCACAAGAAACUAAUCCAUUCGCACAAACAAGAUUUGCUAGUGAUAGCCAUACUACUGCAUUGACCUUUAAUAACGAACAACCUAAACCAAUUCAAGCCUCAGCUACAGGUAAUAAUCCAUUUAAACUUUCCCAAACUACUACUAAUUUAUUCAAUACUGCAGAGGCAAAUGCUCAAAGAAAUGUUAGUCAACAACAACCAUUGAAACCUCAUGUAACUGCAGGAGGUUUAGAACAUAUCCCUACUAUCCCAGUAUUCCCUGAGACUCAGAAGGAAGCGCAGAAAGAGUUUUUCUUGAAUAAUGCUAGAACAUCUAUACAACAACAGUACACUAGUCAGUUUCAACAGCAACAGCAGCAGCAGCAACAGCAGCAGCAACAGCAGAAUCAACAAGGAUUUGGCUACCAAGUUGCACCUACAACUACAAGCCCUGCCCCUCAACAAUUUCAACAGUAUGGACUGCCAUUUGCACAACAAUUCUCACCCCAACCUCAAGCGCAACCCAUACUUCAACAGCAGGUUACCCAUUACGAUGGUCCCAGCUUAAUUUAA